GUAGGAGCCAUGUGACUCUGGUGAGUUGGAGUGUGCAAUUGCCUCCUGCUUCAGAGCUACCUGAUCCGAAUACUAAGCAGAGCGAGUGCCGGGCUGAGUGUAAGACACUGAAGACACUGCAGAGCAAGGUGCUUAUUCCAGAGGCGUUACAAAACAUGGAGAUUAAAGACCAGGGAGCCCAAAUGGAGCCGCUGCUGCCUACGCCCUGAAGAUGCUGAGACAUAGAGAUGGCUGUGAUUAUCUUUUGUAAGACAGGAAAUGCAGUCUUUAGGGGUUUCUGGAAAUAGAAAGGUCAUGCAGUCUGGAACCUGUGAGCCUUUUCAAUCUCUAAGUCAUCAGAGAAAUGAUGAAGAAGCAGUUGUGGAUAGAGGCGGAACUCGUUCUAUUCUCAAAACACACUUUGAGAAAGAAGAUUUAGAAGGUCAUCGAACACUAUUUAUUGGAGUACAUGUGCCCUUGGGAGGAAGAAAAAGCCAUCGACGUCACAGGCAUCGUGGUCAUAAACACAGAAAGAGAGACAGAGAAAGAGAUUCAGGAUUAGAGGAUGGAAGGGAGUCACCUUCUUUUGACACCCCAUCACAGAGGGUACAGUUUAUUCUUGGAACCGAGGAUGAUGACGAAGAACACAUUCCUCAUGACCUUUUCACAGAACUGGAUGAGAUUUGUUGGCGUGAAGGUGAGGAUGCUGAGUGGCGAGAAACAGCCAGGUGGUUGAAGUUUGAAGAAGACGUGGAAGAUGGAGGAGAAAGGUGGAGCAAGCCUUAUGUGGCUACUCUUUCAUUGCACAGCUUGUUUGAGUUGAGAAGUUGUAUUCUGAAUGGAACUGUGUUGCUGGACAUGCAUGCCAACACUUUAGAAGAAAUUGCAGAUAUGGUUCUUGACCAACAAGUGAGCUCAGGUCAGCUGAAUGAAGAUGUACGCCACAGGGUCCAUGAGGCAUUGAUGAAACAGCAUCAUCAUCAGAAUCAGAAAAAACUUACCAACAGGAUUCCCAUUGUUCGUUCCUUUGCUGAUAUUGGCAAGAAACAGUCAGAACCAAAUUCCAUGGACAAAAAUGCAGGUCAGGUUGUUUCUCCUCAGUCUGCUCCAGCCUGUGUUGAAAAUAAAAAUGAUGUUAGCAGAGAAAACAGCACUGUUGACUUUAGCAAGGGACUGGGAGGCCAACAAAAGGGGCAUACUAGUCCAUGUGGGAUGAAACAAAGGCAUGAAAAAGGACCUCCACACCAGCAAGAGAGAGAGGUUGAUCUGCAUUUUAUGAAAAAGAUUCCUCCAGGUGCCGAAGCAUCAAACAUCUUAGUGGGAGAACUGGAGUUCUUGGAUCGAACUGUAGUUGCAUUUGUCAGGUUGUCUCCAGCUGUAUUGCUUCAAGGACUGGCUGAAGUCCCAAUCCCAACCAGAUUUUUGUUCAUUCUUCUGGGACCCCUGGGAAAGGGUCAACAGUACCAUGAGAUUGGCAGAUCAAUUGCAACCCUAAUGACAGAUGAGGUAUUUCAUGAUGUUGCCUAUAAAGCUAAAGAUCGUAAUGACUUGGUAUCAGGAAUUGAUGAGUUUCUGGAUCAGGUUACUGUUCUCCCUCCUGGAGAAUGGGAUCCAAGCAUUCGAAUAGAGCCUCCCAAAAAUGUUCCUUCCCAGGAGAAGAGGAAGAUUCCUGCUGUACCAAAUGGAACAGCAGCUCAUGGGGAAGCAGAGCCCCACGGAGGACAUAGUGGACCUGAACUCCAGCGAACUGGAAGGAUUUUUGGGGGACUUAUUUUAGAUAUCAAAAGAAAAGCUCCAUACUUCUGGAGUGACUUCAGAGAUGCUUUCAGCCUGCAGUGCUUAGCAUCUUUUCUAUUUCUCUACUGCGCCUGUAUGUCUCCUGUCAUCACGUUUGGAGGACUGCUGGGAGAAGCAACUGAAGGGCGUAUAAGUGCAAUUGAAUCCCUCUUUGGAGCAUCCAUGACCGGAAUAGCCUAUUCUCUCUUUGGUGGACAGCCUCUUACCAUAUUAGGCAGUACAGGACCAGUUUUGGUGUUUGAGAAGAUUUUGUUUAAAUUUUGCAAAGAAUAUGGGCUGUCAUACCUAUCUUUAAGAGCUAGCAUUGGACUUUGGACUGCAACUCUAUGUAUCAUACUUGUGGCCACUGAUGCUAGUUCCCUUGUCUGCUACAUCACUCGGUUUACUGAAGAAGCUUUUGCUUCCCUGAUUUGCAUCAUUUUUAUUUAUGAGGCCCUGGAGAAGUUGUUUGAACUCAGUGAAGCAUAUCCAAUCAACAUGCAUAAUGAUCUGGAACUGCUGACACAAUACUCGUGUAACUGUGUGGAACCGCAUAAUCCCAGCAAUGAUACAUUGAAGGAAUGGAGGGAAUCCAACAUUUCUGCCUCUGACAUAAUUUGGGAGAACCUAACUGUGUCAGAAUGCAAAUCAUUGCAUGGAGAGUAUGUUGGACGGGCCUGUGGCCAUGAUCACCCAUAUGUUCCAGAUGUUCUAUUUUGGUCUGUGAUCCUGUUCUUUUCCACAGUUACUCUGUCAGCCACCCUGAAGCAGUUCAAGACUAGCAGAUAUUUUCCAACCAAGGUUCGAUCCAUAGUGAGUGACUUUGCUGUCUUUCUUACAAUUCUGUGUAUGGUUUUAAUUGACUAUGCCAUUGGGAUCCCAUCUCCAAAACUACAAGUUCCAAGUGUUUUCAAGCCCACUAGAGAUGAUCGUGGCUGGUUUGUUACGCCUUUAGGUCCAAACCCAUGGUGGACAGUAAUAGCUGCUAUAAUUCCAGCUCUGCUUUGUACUAUUCUAAUUUUUAUGGACCAACAGAUUACAGCUGUCAUCAUCAACAGAAAAGAGCAUAAGCUAAAGAAAGGUUGUGGGUACCAUCUGGACCUAUUAAUGGUGGCUGUCAUGCUCGGUGUAUGCUCCAUCAUGGGCCUGCCAUGGUUUGUGGCUGCCACAGUCCUCUCCAUCACUCAUGUCAAUAGCCUAAAACUGGAAUCAGAAUGUUCAGCUCCAGGAGAACAACCCAAAUUUCUCGGCAUUCGGGAGCAAAGGGUUACUGGGCUUAUGAUUUUUAUUCUUAUGGGUUCAUCAGUCUUUAUGACCAGUAUUCUGAAGUUUAUUCCCAUGCCAGUGCUAUAUGGAGUGUUUCUUUAUAUGGGUGCUUCAUCUCUAAAGGGAAUUCAGUUCUUUGAUAGGAUAAAGCUCUUCUGGAUGCCUGCAAAACAUCAACCAGAUUUUAUAUACCUAAGGCACGUACCACUUCGAAAAGUGCAUCUCUUCACAAUUAUUCAGAUGAGUUGCCUUGGCCUUUUGUGGAUAAUAAAAGUUUCAAGAGCUGCUAUUGUCUUUCCCAUGAUGGUGUUAGCCCUGGUAUUUGUAAGAAAGUUGAUGGACUUGUUGUUCACGAAGCGGGAACUCAGCUGGUUGGAUGAUUUAAUGCCCGAGAGUAAGAAAAAGAAACUGGAAGAUGCUGAAAAAGAAGAAGAACAAAGUAUGCUAGCCAUGGAAGAUGAGGGCACAGUACAACUCCCAUUGGAAGGGCACUAUAGAGAUGAUCCAUCUGUGAUCAAUAUAUCUGAUGAAAUGUCAAAGACUGCCUUGUGGAGGAACCUUCUGAUUACUGCUGAUAACUCAAAAGAUAAGGAGUCAAGCUUUCCUUCUAAAAGCAUUGAAAGCCGAAAAGAGAAGAAAGCUGACUCAGGGAAAGGUGUUGACAGGGAGACUUGUCUAUGACUCGAUCUUCAAUUUAUUUUUUACAUAUAUAUGAGAAGAGUGUCACAAUUAUUAAUAAAACUGCUUUGAUCAUGUAUUGUAAAUUCUGUCCCUCAACCCAAAUCCACCUUCAUACUGUAAGUAGUGCAAUACUUGUUUCAUUUCUGUGUUUAAACUUCUGAGCAGUGAGACAUCCCCGUGAGCAGAUACAAUAGCCAAUGCGAGAAUCUGUGUGUUCCUUGCUGUACGUCAGACAUUUGUAAACUGGAUUCUGAUUGUCAGUUUUAUGAGAGCAAUAGCUUCCUUAAAGAGAUAAGUCAUAUUUACCUAGUUUGUAUUUUCCUACUUUAGUGACCUGAAGAUGCCUGAUAAUUUCAUUCAGAAGAAUUUUUGAAAGGUAGUCUUACUUCUUUUUAGUUUUUAUAGCUUAGCAUUAGUGACUUAUUUCAGAAGACCCAAAUCAAAAAGUUAGUUUGAAAGCAUUUCUUAAUAAUUGUAUUUAUGCAUUUCCUUGAUUUAAUAUGAUAAAUUUAAUACUUAACAAUUUAUAUGUAACUAAAACUUAGUCAUUUGAAAAAAUAUAUAGAAACCUAUUUACAACUUGUUAAGGAGAAUCAGACAUAAUGUAGAGUUAAGUAGUAUUUGCUUAAAAUUCAAGUUGUGACUAAUGAUCAAAUACUAGGCUUGUACGAAAUGCUUUAGAAAAACUUUGUAAUAGUUUUGUGGGAUUUUUCAAUAUAAACCUUUAUCAGAAAUAUGCUAAGUUUGUCUCCCACUGACAACAGAUGUUUUCCAAAUAAACAUAUUCUAUACAUACUUGUGGAAUGCCACAUGGUGAAUCAUUGUAUGUGAAAUUCCACUCCUGUACAGUUACUCUGCAGCUAAUGGUCAUGCACUGCUUAAUGCUAGUCCUGAAUCAUGUUCUCAUGUUAGACUAACAGGUCUCCAAUUGUCAUUUUUUUUCUGCAGAGUUUUUUUUCCACUUUUAAAUUAAAUGCAUGUUGUGGAAAAACAGUCUUUUAAAAUGAAAUUUCAGAUUCCAUUUGAGAAGGUUCUGUAGAUAUUUCAGUCCAUAUAAAAUAAUACAUCUUUACUAAACUUAUAUAAGGAGAAAGUUAAGAAGUUUUGGAUAUUACUAAAAGUACAGUAUUUGAUUUCACUUUCAAUGAAUGUGAAGUCAAUAAAACUAAAUCUCAUAAUGCUCUUGGUUCCUAAGAAUGAGUAGUAAUCAUCAACUUUAUAAUACUCCAAUAUUCGGUUUUACAAUAAUUCAGAGCCCUGUGGCUUUAACAGACUGUUAAUUAUGUACUCUGUUGGAAGUGCGCAUAAAAAAUGAAGAAAAGUUCCUCUUGUGAUUAAACUAAUGGGAGGAAAUAAAAUCAACAAAGCCUCCACUAAGUUCUACAUUUUGAUACCUUUUAAAAAUUCCCCUCACAAUUCUUUAAGGAGCCCCCCUUUUUAUGGAACGUGAGCCUAAAAAUUAUAGAAAGAAGAAUUUUAAGUUAAUAAAGUUUGUAUUUAUAAAUGCUGAAAAAAUACAGAAACUUUCUGUUCCAAAUGUGUUGCCUUUGUGUAUUUUACAAUACAGAUACUACACUGUAAACAUUUCCAUUGUUUUAUGAUUUAGCCAGUGAUUCCCCAAAGCAGCCUCUUAGCGUUUUAAUAUAUUAAUAACUGUUCUGUUAAAAAUGAUCAUAGUGAAUUUAAAUCUUCACAUGGUCACCUAUUUGAAUAAGCAAUCAUAUCCAAUGAAAUUCUGUAUUUCUGAGUAUUUUUAUAGUCAUUUUGUUCUUGUGUGAAUUUUAAAGCUAUCCCUAUGUUAAUCCUAAUAUUUUGUAAUCAUAUAAAAUAUAAGAAAAAUGUAGUAUUAUAUAUUUACUUCUAAUUUCAGAUUCCUGGUCAAAAUUACUGAAUAUCUUGAAUGUAAUUUAGUGCAAAGUUUAAAUAAUGUGUAAAUGUGACUAGGAUAUUGUGUUUUUCACAAUUAAGAAAUGUUAUGUGGAAAUAAAUAUUUAUCCUAACUAACUUCCUUGCACAUUUUAAA